AUGGUUCUCCCGGGGGAUGGAAACAGCACUGUAGUGACAGAAUUCCUUUUACUAGGUUUGACCGAUGACCCGGACCUUCAAAUCACCCUCUUCAUCAUCAUCCUGUGCAUCUACCUGGUAACCUUGUCUGGAAACCUCAGCACCAUUCUGCUAAUUAGAGUCUCUCCUCAGCUGCACCACCCCAUGUACAUUUUUCUGAGCCAUUUGGCUUCUACUGACAUUGGCUACUCAUCUACUGUCACCCCAAAAAUGCUUGCUAACUUCCUGGUGGAGAGGAAUACCAUCUCCUACCUUGGGUGUGUCAUCCAGCUUGACUCAGCUGCUUUCUUUGGGACAGUUGAGUGCUACCUUCUGGCUGUCAUGGCUUAUGAUCACUUUGUGGCAAUCUGUAGCCCACUGCUUUAUUCAACCAAAAUGUCCACUCAUGUCUCUGUUCAGUUACUUAUAGGAGCUUACAUGGGUGGUUUUAUUACUGCUUUCUCCGGCACCUUUGCCUUUUUUUCUUUUGUCUUCUGUGGAUCAAACAGAGUCAAUCACUUUUUCUGUGAUUUUGCACCUUUAGUUGAACUCUCCUGUUCUGAUGUCAGUGUCUCCACAGCUGUUACCACAUUUUCUGCAGGCACUGCUCUUCUGAUCACAGUGUUGGUCAUAGGCAUCUCCUACACCUACAUCCUCAUCACCAUCCUGAAGAUGCGCUCCACUGAGGGCCGCCAGAAGGCCUUUUCCACCUGCACCUCCCUCCUCACUGUAGUCACUCUGUUCUAUGGGACCACCACAUUCAUUUACGUGAUGCCCAAGUCCAGCUACUCCACUGAUCAGAACAAGGUGGUGUCUGUGUUUUAUACGGUGGUGAUCCCCAUGUUGAACCCCCUUAUCUACAGUCUGAGGAAUAAUGAGAUUAAGGAAGCUCUGAAGAGACAACUUGUUAAAAAAUUAUAUUCGUAG